UAACUAAACCACUUUUACAUAAUAAUAUUACAAAUGGAAACUAGAAGAGGUUUAUUAACAAAGCUAGGAAUAUAUGGUGGUGUAGCUAUAUCACUUUUCCUUGUUGGAAAAAAACAUAUUGAAUAUUCAAAGAAUGAAAGACAUAAAAAGGAAACUGAUGCAAGAAUAGACAGCGAAGUUAAAGAAUUCGGUACAUUCGGUCAAAGACCAGGAUUCCCUAGUAAUAACCCUACCAUGGACUAUACUAAUGAUCCAUCUCGAGUGUCACGUUAUGAGGGUAGCGGUAAUUCAUACUCUAGUAGACGUCCAGGUGAUCGUCUAGGGUUCUUCUCGGUAUUAAAUCCUUGGUCAGCUGAUAAUAAAGAAGAGGAUCAAUCUAAAUACUAUAAACCACCUUCCAGAAGUUAAUAGUAAGUCUAUUAAUUUAAAGUUAACGAAAGUCAAUACAUGUAUAUAGUUAUA